UUCUCUUUAUUUCUUCCUAUCUCUUACCGUGAAGAAGAAACGCCUCUCCCUCCUCUCUCUCUCUCUCUCUCUCUCACAUGAGUUUUCUCCAUCUCGCACUCCUAGCUUGUAGCAAAUGAAACAAGGGUGAGCUCUGAAGUCUCUCCUCCCACCUAAGCUAGCUUGUUCUAUUUGCUUCCAGGUGGAAUCCUAGAGGGGGUAAUGCUUGGAAGUGAAGGCAUCGAAUCAAGUGAAGGGAGGAAAAGAGAAUUCUGCUCUCCUGUUUGGGGUUUCUGUUCCUUUGAGGGGUUGGCUGAGAGCCUAAAGUCCUUGGUUAUGCUGGAGGCUAAGCAAAAGAGAAGGCCCAGUUGCAGCGAAGCUCUUGGGCUAGUACUCCUGUUGGAUUACCACCCAGGCAAAAUAGAGAAGGCCUUCUUCAGAUGUUAUCCACUGAAAACACCUCAGACCCCUCAUGUUCCUCCAAGCUUCCAGUUCUAAAAGCUGAUGAGAGGGCUUCUGAAAAGCUUGCCCUCCAAGAGGCAGAUCCAGUAGACCUUUGUGAGAGACCAACUCCCAAUUUCUCUAUAAGAGAUUAUGUUUUCACAUCCCGGAGCAAAGGCAUAGAAACGAAUUGGCCAUUUCCUGAGCAGCUUUUACAACUUUGCUUGAAGCAUGGAGUCAGUGAUUUGUUGCCACCUUUCGAGCCGCCUGAUUUGGUGAGAGCUCAGUGUGUAAGAAAGCAAGUAGAACCCGAGCAACCAGGUGCUUGCUUAGAAGCUGAAUUGCGUUAUUGUGCAGAUACUGUGGGCACUGCUAGUAUCAAAGGCCAAUCUUGUUCUCUGUUACAUGACUUGGUUGUAGAGUGUUCAGAUCGAGCUCAAUACACACCACGAGACAAAGGAAAACAUACAGUUGAUCAAGAAGUUGCUUUAGAUGAACAUGUCCAUAGAGAUGCUGAAAUCUCCUUGGCAGUGAGAAGUCCUGAUCAAACUGGAAGAUUUUCUGGUCAGAUCAGUGAACUUCCUUGCUCAGUGUCUGUAAAUAAAAGUUUCUCAGAAGCAUCAUCAGAAGUAGAAGUUGCCGGGCCUGCUCCAUCGGAAAAGAAGUGCAGGUUGAUAGUAAAAUUUGGUGCCAUUUCUGUGACCAGCCGAGCAGAAGAUAUAGUAUCCAACUCUAGCACAGUUUCAGAUCCCAUGGCUUCAAAGAUUUGCCCUGUUUGUAAAACGUUCUCAUCCACUUCAAACACCACUUUGAAUGCUCACAUGGAUCAAUGCCUUUCGGUGGAGUCUAAAACCAAUCAGCUCCUGACCAACUUUUCAACACCCAAAGUUAAACCGAAGAAGAAGAGGUUGAUGGUGGACAUAUACAAAACUGCUCCCCGUUGCACUCUUGAGGACCUUGACAGGAGGAAUGGUACAAACUGGGCUUUGGUGACAUUAACCAAUGAGAACCCGACCGAGAUGAAAAGAUUGAAGUUGUUGCCAAUGGAUGCUAGAGAUGAAGGAGCAGUCUAUGUUGAUUCGCAUGGCAUAAAACUUCGAAUUUUGUCCAAGUUCAACGAUGCACCACCGGUGAUGUCAAGAGAGGACUCCCACCUGAGGAAGCAUGCAAAGGACAUCAAGGCAAGCAAGUGUAUGUUGAUCAGCAAGAAAAAGCGUUUCGCAUCAAAAUGUUCGGAUAAUAUGAAAGUGAAGGCACAUAAAAAGAAGUUAAGCUCAUUCAAGCUUUUGAAAGCCCAGAUUGAACCAGCGUCUGAAAGAGAUUGUCAUGUCGAUACUUAUCAGGCUAAGGGAGAGUCAAAUGCGUGUGACCAAGUCAACACCAGUGGUUCUGCCACUUUGAGACCGUGGGUGUGCUCCAAACGCUCGGACCUCCCGAAAAAACUCAACAACAGAAACGACUACAAAAACUUGAAGAACGCUGUAGCUAUCACCAGGGACGCAUUGGCUGAGAAUGGCCAACGAGACUCAGAUAACUCUACUGCUAUGAGAAGCCACAUCUUGAAGAUCUCAAGGCCAUCCGAAGACUUGACCGCUGCUCCAAGGACCAAAAAAGUAAAUCCCCAGUCAAACAUGGUCCAUACCAUGGAAUAUGGGAAGAAAAUGACUCCCAAACAACCUAUCUCCAAGUUGUCAUCAGAAAAUCCUUCUUUGGCCAGUGGUCUUCUGCUGAAAUUAUCAAGAUCUUCAGGGACUUUCACCUCUUCACCAAGAAGCAAAAGAGAGGAGGUUCACAUGGGCAGCAGGCAGAAGUCUGAUAACUCUUCUGACAUGACAACUAAAGUUUCUGAGAAUUGUCAGACCUUGGUGAGAGAUCAGGCCUGUUCAACUUUGGAGAAGAAUGUCUUAGUUGUAAGACCGUCCUUCUCUUUGGAAGCAAGCAAGGGUGACUUAAAUGGGAAACCCACUACCUUUAAAAGGUUCCGCAAAAGCAGAUCUAUAUUGAGGACGGGUAAACGAGAAGUUCGCUCUCUAGUCAGAGGGUUGUAUGCCUCUAUCAGGGAUUUUGGCCCAGAUGGUACUGGAGCCAAUGAAACACCCAGGAGUCAUCAUUUUGGUCCCUCAGAGCAUGUGCCAAUGUCUGAAAUGGGGGAGAUCAUGGACCAAGUGCCUUCAAGCACCAUUGUUAUCCCAGAUUCUGUACGUGAAAGAGAAGCUCCAAGCACAAUGGAAGUGCUCCCUUUGGAAGCUGAAUGCCAGGACCCUGGAAAUGAAACUAGAGACAUGCAAGUUGAGGUCUCAUCAUCUUUCUCUGGGGAUCAUGCGACUGAACCUUCCAUGAAAGAAGUUACUGGUGAUGCUGUUACCAGUGGAACCACAAUCUCAUACAACCUCACACCAGCUUCUAAUGCCAGAUUCGACCUGCAGCGAUCUGUGAUCGAACGUGUGCAGUCUAUCUCUACUAGCGAGCAUCAUGUACAAGUUGCGCAAAGAUCGCUUGAUAAGCAAGAAAUGGAUUGCGGUGAUGUUCUGCGUGAUCAAGACAAUCGAAUAGCUGAUGAUGUGGGACUUGAGGGGCUGAAAGACUCAUGUGCAUCUCAGUAUAGAGAAUGUCAGGUAGAUACAGCUUCCAUCCAGGAGUCUAGCGCUUGUUUAACCAGUCAUGGGGAUCUGGGGCCUGAAGUCCAUCAAGAGAACUCAUCCGCAACUUCUGUUAGAGUAACAUCUAAUCAUUUGGCCAAUGAUGGGGAACCAGCUGAAUCCCCUGAGUCAACUGCCUCAAAUGUUUCUCUCCCAUCUCCAAAAGACUCCAGAUCCAAAGAUACCGAGUCAGAAAUUUUGUUGAGAGAUACUUCAGCCCAAGAUACGUUAGGCUCUGCAGUGCCAUCUACAGAAAACAGUGGUGGAACUGAAGGAAGAAUUGCAGAGAGAAUUAAUAGGGAAUCUAAGGUGAUUCUGCCAGAAAGCAAAGCGGAACAAUUUCCAAAGGAUCAGCCUUUCUGCUGCUCAUGUAGGGAGAGCCUUUCCAAAGAGUCGCAGUUGGUGAAAAAUGUCGUCACGGCUGGGACAACUUUACCUUCCAAGGGGAAGCAGAUUUCCAGCCUGUACAUUGGACCUAGAAUGUCUUCUUCUUUCCAUCCGUAUCAGAGCCCAAGAGCUAAUGGAGCUGCCACCUCCUGCUUGGAAUCACCUACUCAGUCCAAUGCCACUAAGAUCUCCAUGGACUCUCCUACAAAUAUCCCAGCUUGCAGCGAUUUUGGUUCCCCUAGCCCAUCGUCUCAAAGUAAAACCCAGUCCAAUGCCAAUCCCAGACUGAGAUUGAUGGGUAAGGAUUUGAUGGUGGUGAAAAAAGAAGAGCCUGUGCAACCUCCAACUUCUUUUUCAGACUACCUAACAAAUGCCAGAUGUCUCUCGCCUCUUGGAUUUGCUUCGACCAACUUUGUGGUGAAUCAUGAGAACUUUCAGUGCUAUCAUCAGCUUCUUGACGGUGGUUCUGUCCUUGGCCGGCCUCCAUCAAUGGUCAGUCACCAAAUGCUCCACUAUUCACCUGGCUUGCAAGUUGGUGGCUUUGCAGGAGCUCCGACGCAAAAUGGCUUGAUGGAUCAUCACGUUCAGCAGAAAAAUUCAUGCAAAAAUCUCAUCUCCCCAGCCGUGUGCAGUGUUGGAAGGACAGAUCCACCUCACCACCAGCGAGAAAAGCCAUCUUCUUCCACUCGAGCUCCCUACACCAUGCAAGAGGUCAUUCUAAUCGAUGACGGUCCUGAAACGGAGGCGAAACGGAGAGGCAGCCUAGUGACCCCAGCAGGCUCACUGCCUCCACCAACACUGGGUCCAGAUGCUAUGCUGCAAAGACAAUGCUCAUAUUUUCCAUCGCAGAACCAAUUCAUCUCCAGGGAUGUCGCAGGUGGCCCAAGGCCCUCUUUUACCAAUUUGUACCCAAGGGUCAAUGCUGAUUUCAUGAAGGGAGAAUACUUCUCACAGGGUUUGGGUCCUGUUCUACCUAGCCCAUUUGUAUUCCAGUCACCUACACCAGGUCAGCUGAGCUCAUUGUAUUACUCGCACACUCAUCGUUGAUCCCAUCUGUAACUUUUUGUGGAAGAUAUCUCCAACCAAACUUACAGCAGCACUGAGUUGUCAAAUGUAUGGAAAAAUGUAGAGGGGAGCCAGAAAAAUGGUGCUCUUUUGGGGGAGGCAACAGUUCUAUGGAAAGAAUGAUGCUGGCAAGAAUAUGACAGUUGGAGUUUUGUAAUAGUUGUGUGCUUAUUUUGAAGUAGGGCUGUUUUGGCUCCAAACCAUCCUGCAGAAUUGCUGUCUUGAGCUGUCCUCGAAGUAUGUUUAUGUAAAGUUAGAAUAAUAAAAUCUGCCUCCCUCCAUCAAUGAAAAUAAGCCUCCUUAAACAGAAUGUUAUUGGUGGUCUGGCAUUAACAUCUUAUUGUUUAUUUUGAUGCUUUUUUGAUAUCCGGAUGGUGAUGAUGAUCUAUCGAUAUAAUGAUAAGCAGGAACUGUACUGAUACUAGGAAUAUAUGAACUAAAAACUUUUUCAUGUAACAAAAUAGGGAUGCUUUGUGGAAGUUUUAGAUUUGUAUCUUGGGAUCCUUAUGAAAGCUAGUUUGUU